AUGGGACAAGCAUUCAGCUUUGCAAAUAUAUUUGGCAAGUUAUGGGGUAUGAAUAAGGAGGUGAGAAUUCUUAUAUUGGGUUUGGAUGGUGCAGGUAAAACUACAAUAUUAUAUCGUUUGCAAAUGGGGGAAGUAGUCACGACAAAGCCAACAAUAGGAUUCAAUGUCGAGACCUUAAAGUAUAAAAACAUUACCUUGAACAUUUGGGAUUUAGGAGGACAAACUUCGAUAAGACCGUAUUGGAGGUGUUACUAUAGCAAUACGUCAGCCAUCAUUUUCGUCGUAGACUCAACUGAUAAGGACCGUAUUGACACAGCCUGUAAGGAAUUGCACACAAUGUUGAAGGAAGAAGAGUUACAGGAUAGUGCAUUGUUGGUGUUUGCAAAUAAGCAGGAUCAACCUGGAGCUAUGACUGCUGCUGAGGUCUCGCAAGCAUUGAGUCUAACUGAUUUAAAAGAUAGAAGUUGGAGUAUUGUUGCAUCAAGUGCUAUUAAGGGUGAAGGUUUAAACGAGGGAUUAGACUGGUUGAUGGAUGUGAUCAAGGAUGAACAGUUGUAA